GGGUGGAGGGCGCGGGCUCCGCGCAGUCGGAAAGGGGGUCUCCUUCCUGAUCCGAUCCUCGGUGAGAUCCUGCGGGCCGGCCAAGUCCAUGUGCCGGCAGAAUGUCCCUGGCUGCUUAUUGUGUCAUCUGUUGUAGAAGAAUAGGAACCUCAACUCCUCCUCCAAAAAGCAACACAUACUGGAAAGAUAUCCGAAAUAUAAUAAAGUUUACUGGAUCACUUAUUUUAGGAGGUUCAUUAUUUCUUACAUAUGAAGUUCUGGCCCUGAAGAAGUCUUUGACAUUAGAUACUCAAGUGGUAGAAAGAGAAAAAAUGAAGUCAUAUAUAUAUCUACACACAGUUUCUUUAGAUAAAAGAGAAAAUCAUGGGCUCACCUACCAGGCAAGAAAAGAACUUCACAAAGCAGUAAGAAGAGUGCUGGCAACCUCAGCUAAGAUACUACGGGGUCCGUUUGCUGACACUCUCGGUGCCGCUGAUGUGGAAGAUCACGAGUGUGCUGUGUGGCUGCUCCUGAGAAGGAGUCGGUCGGAUGACGGGCGGGCCCGCUUGCAGGCCGUGCAGGACAUGUCGGAGGCCCGCCGCUGGCAUGAUUACCAGUAUAGGACAAUUGCUCAAGCCUGUGAUCUGAGAACUCUGAUUGGUUUGGCGCGAAGCAAAGAGAGUGAUCUGCGCUUUUUUCUUCCUCCACCUCCUUUACCGCCUUUAAAAGAAGAUUCUUCCCUUGAAGAAGAGCUCAGAUACUUGCUGGCUUCUUUACCUCAAACGGAGCUAGAUGAGUGUAUCCAGUAUUUUACAUCUUUGGCUCUGAGCGAAAGCAGUCAGAGUCUAGCAGCUCAGAAGGGUGGCUUGUGGUGUUUUGGAGGAAAUGGACUUCCCUAUGCGGAGAGCUUUGGAGAAGUUCCUUCAGCGACAGUGGAAAUAUUCUGUUUAGAAGCUUUAGUAAAGCAUUCUGAGAUACCUACACACUGUGAUAAAAUUGAAGCAAAUGGAGGCUUGCAACUACUUCAGAGGCUGCACCAACUUCAUGAGGACUCCCCUAAAAUACAGAGAAAUAUAAUGCGGAUCAUUGGCAAUAUGGCUUUGAAUGAACAUCUUCAUUCAACUAUCGUCCGCUCAGGCUGGGUUUCCAUACUGGCAAAAGCCAUGAAGUCUCCCUACAUCAUGGAGGCUUCACAUGCCGCCAGAACCCUGGCUAAUCUAGACCGAGAGACGGUGCAAGAAAAGUACCAGGAUGGCGUGUACGUGCUUCACCCCCAGUGUCGCACAAGUCAGCCCAUUAAAGCAGAUGUCCUUUUUAUUCACGGCCUUAUGGGAGCAGCAUUCAAAACGUGGCGCCAGCAGGACAGUGACCAGGUUCUAACUGAAAAGGUUUCAGGGGAUGAAACCAGGUAUACGACAUGUUGGCCCAAGACAUGGUUAGCAGGAGACUGUCCCGCUCUCCGAAUUAUCUCUGUGGAGUACGACACCAGCCUCAGCGACUGGAGAGCGAGGUGCCCUAUGGAAAGAAAGUCCAUUGCAUUCAGAAGCAACGAACUUCUUAGGAAGCUCCGAGCUGCUGGUAUUGGGGACAGGCCAUUGAUUUGGGUGUCACACAGCAUGGGUGGUCUUCUUGUCAAAAAGAUGCUGUUGGAAGCCUCUCAGAAGCCAGAAAUGAGUACAAUUAUAAACAAUACCAGAGGAGUGAUAUUUUAUAGUGUCCCUCAUCACGGAACCCACCUGGCUGACUACUCUGUCAACGUUCGCUAUCUUCUCUUCCCCUCUUUGGAAGUCAAAGAGCUCAGCAAGGAUUCUCCUGCACUUAAGGUACUACAGGAUGACUUUCUGGAGUUUGCCAAAGAUAGAAACUUCCAGGUGCUGAGUUUUGUCGAAACACUGCCGACCUCCAUUGGUAGCAUGAUUAAACUCCACGUCGUGCCCGUGGAGUCAGCAGAUUUAGGCAUUGGAGAUCUAAUUCCUGUGGAUGUUAACCAUUUGAAUAUUUGUAAGCCAAAGGAAAAGGAUGCUUUUUUGUACCAACGUACCUUACAAUUCAUCCGCGAGACUUUAGCCAAAGACCUUGAAAACUGACAGCUAUCUUCCACUUU